AUGUCCCAUUUGCGGGAAAGUGACGAGCGGUACAGAUGCGGCGUCUGUGGCAAGGAAUACCAGUCGGCAAAGAAUCUGAAGUAUCACAUGACACAUCACAAAUCCGAAAAGGAUGAACUGCACAGUUGCGACGUUUGUGGGAAAGCUUACGUUUAUCGCUCUGCCCUCUUACAACAUAUGCACACUCACAGUGACGAGCGAAAACACAGAUGCGAUAUCUGCGGCAAGGAUUACAAAACAGCAACUAAUCUGAAAACUCACAAAAAGCAUCACACAUCCGAUGACGAUUCACUGCACAAAUGUACCAUUUGCGGAAAAGGCUUCGUGCUUCGCUACGGGCUCAAAAAACAUUUGGAAACGCAUAGUGACGAACUACUGUACAAGUGUAAGAUCUGCGACAAGCAGUACAGAAGCAGAGGAGGACUGUACCUGCACAAAAAGGCACAUCAAGAUGAGCAAUCGUGA